CCCUACCGCAGUUACCGUUAAUAUUGUUCGGUCCAGUAUCACAAUCGGGGAAGACAUGACAGGCUCAACCAACCUUACCGUGGGUUACGCAAUUUAUUGCAAUGAUAAUACCGACACAUUCAGAAAAGAGUCAGAGGCAUGGAAAACAACUUCGGGAUGAUUUGUCGCAAUGAUGGGAUCGGAACUCAGAGGGCAAUGCUGGCAUUCAAUCGAGGGCGGGUCUACGACUGUGGACGAGUGCCACCGAUUCCGAGACGAUCAUCUGACACAACCUCGGCAGGGGCAAUCACGCUGAUCCGCUUUUUGAUGACCUCGCACACAAACCACCAAAGGCACAGGUUUUCGGAAUCCGGAUGGCGCAGAAGAAUCGAGAAGGGACAAAUCCUUAUGGACGGAAUCGUUGUAAAUGAUGCCGAAAUGGAACUUACAAAGGCAAACGUAAAGCAGCGGGUCGAAUACGUCAGGGGUCCAUGGAGAGAACCGAUUGUUGCCGUGGUUGUACAUGAUGAUACAAUAGAUACUGGUCCCGAACCUUCGUGCCAGCUCAAGAUCUUGUACAUCGAUGACCACCUGAUGGUGGUUCACAAACCUAGUAGAUUGCCCACCAUGCCAUCGCAAACAUACUUUGAAUUUUCUGUCCUCAAUGCUCUGAGACAACUCCAUUGCAUGGAAAAAGAACUGUCCAAAGACAAAGAAGAUGAAGACAAUUGUGAAGUAGAAAGUUAUUCGAAUACGAAUGCGAACACCGAUUCAAUUUCAAAAAAUCACUGUGUUGUCGCCACAUCUACGGUGAGAAGAUUGAUUCGAUCCCAUUGCUCGGCACUGCCCCAGCCUGUCCACCGACUGGGGGUGGGAACCUCCGGUAUAUUACUGAUAGCUACAUCUCUUUUAGGAAGGCAGCGUCUGACCGAUGCGAUGCGACUCAAAAGCCACAACGUUAACAACAACAAGCUUCGAAAAACAUACCGAGCACUGGUCUAUGCAUAUCGCCGUGACGAAAGGCUCUCUAUCGCCACCGAUGACGGAAGUCCCGAGGUAGAUGGAAGUAGCAAGGAACGCUCGACAAGGGAAGGACCGAAAAUGCUAAUUCCUGAUUUCAUGAUGAUUGAUUGUCCGAUCGGGCCGGUGCCGUUUCCAAUCGGAGGGGAUUCCAUUCACGCAGCUUGUCCAAUUAGCGGCGACAGCAAUGACAAAAUUGACCCUUUGUAUAGUCAUGUUCACCUUCACAAUCAAGUUUCCGAUGUUCAAGAGAACCAGCCUCAGGAGCGGUCAACUACUGCAAGCAAUAACAACAAGAAGAUCAAGCAUGCCCUAUCGCUGGUAAAGGUCAUCCGUAGGAAUAUUCCCCGCCAUGAGAGGAAUGUUGACAAGGAAAAUGGCGGCGAGACUGAUAGUGACACCUAUAGCGGUCACAAUUUUGAUACAACGGCGACUGCAGUGGUAGAGAUCGAAAUACCUACGGGCCGUCCCCAUCAGAUACGGAUCCACAUGGCCUACGCUGGAUAUCCCUUGGUGGAUGAUCCAUUGUAUCUACCGGGUGGAAUUCCCGACGUUCGGCCAAGACCAUUCAAAACUCGCAAACGAGAAGAAGAGGACUUGGACCAAUCGGACGAAACAGAAGAUGGUGGUAUUGACUGUGAUGAAGACAACGGGACGCACUCGACUACGAUGCGCGUAGCUUUGCCGAGGGAUUGCGGUUACCAUCUCCACGCCUACCAAAUAACUCUCGAGCAUCCGUGCUCUUCUCGGCACUCCAGCGUUGCAACUAUUAGCACUGCCAACGCCGAUGUCAGCGACGCUGCGCCCAGUGCCUAUGCCGAAGAAUGUGCGGUGAGCUCGAGUUCGGCGAUGAUGACAUUCACCGCAACUCCUCCUCGGAUUCUGCGUUGAUAGUCAAUCAAUCAAUUGGUCUCUCUAAAGCAGUCGCUUGCGUUCUUGCUUUAAAUGAUAGAAUAGAAUUGCUCAUCCUUC